AUGGAGGCAGACCAGGCAGAUCAAGCAGACCUACUCGACCGACCCCGGCGAAAUUUUAACCCGAAGAAGACCAGACGUUAUGGCCGACAAACCUUUGAGCCUGACCAACUAGUCAAGUACAGCCCAAAAUGGCAGUAUGGCCGAUUGUAUAAUUUUCCAUUCCCAGGAUCCCAUUGGCAACCUCGCAUGCGAUCUCUUGUUCUGUCAGUCGAUGGUGGCUCUCGUGGCAACAAUCGAUCCGACAGCAAAUCUCGAGCUGCUUGGGGUGUUUUCUUUGGACCAGACUGUCGACGCAAUCAGCAAGGCCUGCUCGAACAGGAAGCCCCCCAGACUAGUUCUCGUGCUGAGCUCGAAGCGGUCCGCAAGGCACUCGGCAUAAUCCAGAGCAUGAGAGCUGAAGGUGAGCUAGACGGCUGGCGAGAGAUCAUCAUCAAGUUGGAUUCAGACUACGUUGCCAGAGCCAUGGGUGAAUGGAUCUGGAGCUGGGAGAGGAACGGUUUCAUGACCAGAAAGGGAACCCCUGUGGAACACGGCGCCGUGAUUCGAGAGAUGAACGAGACACUCAAGUCCUUGGAGAAGGAUAUGGCAAUUCGCUUCUGGAGAGUAGGAAGGGAAUGGAACCGAGAAGCAGAUGCGUUAGUGAACCAGGCACUGGACGAUGCUGCUGACAGUGGCUAUGGAGGGUCUUGA